AUGCCCAUCGAACGAACCGACCGAAAUAACCCACGGCCAUUGAAGCCAACGCUCGCUAGUAACCGAACUGCUGCGAAGACGCCCUUGACCCCUCGACUUGCUGUUGCGCCCACCGCUUCCUCCACCGUUAGCUCGUCGAGUACCCGCACAACACGCACCAGCAAUGGAGCCACUCCUGCCAAGUCGGUUGCUUCGUCGCAUAACGACGUAACGCCUGUCAAGGCGUUCCUGAGCAGCAAUGUGACUCCUCGCUCCUCUUCAAGGAAGUCCCGGGUGGGUGUAGACAGCGCUUCAUCGACGCCCAGCGCCACUCCCUCUGCUACACCGAGCAGCUCGCGACCAGGUUCCACUGUAGACUUUCAUAGUGGACACAGUGCCGUUGGGAAGAGCGGCUCUUUAGUGGGAGUACGACCGCGCAGUACACCAGGACCGAGCAGCAGCCAUGUCACGCCAACCCCGAGGCCAUCCCUCGCCAUAUACAAUCACGCCCCGUCCGAGACAGGCUCCAAGAAAGACGCUUCACCCCUGUUCUUCCAUGCCAAUGACGCUCGCCCGCAUGAGCAACCAGCACCGGCACCGGCACCGGCACCGGUACUGGCACCCCUAAAGAAAACGCCUACCUUCUUCUACGCCGACGGCAGACAAGACGAUACCCCUUCAAAACACAACGUACCAUCGCCUCCACUGUCAUCCUUGGGGAGGACCCAGCCGGAGAGCAAGUUCUUCCACGCAGAUUCGCUUUCCGAGACAAAGAACCGCCAACCAAUCCUCACCCCACCGUCUAUUCCGAUGGCGCCAGAUCUGCUCCCGCCUCCUGAAAACCUACUGUCGCUACGCCCGCCAUCGCCUACGAAAGACUUCGCGCAUCUGUCAUAUCGCAAAGGAGCCUCUCAGGUCCGACCAGCUCUUAGUAGAGGCAGUUCUGGAAACUCGGCUUUGGCCAUCUUGGCUGGACCAAACACGCCGGAUGUGUCUGAUCGUACCAGACGGAGAUCUAGCGUUGCUUCUACUAUAAAGCGAGGGCAUGUCAAAAGCUCCAGUCUGUCAUCCAUUGACUCUGUGACUAGCUUGAAGAAGGCACCGACUAAUGAACCAUCUGCCAUGGCACCAAGCCCGCUGCAUACUGAAAACCGCGCUUCUGGCGAUGCAGCAGCUACCCCCUCUCCGCGCUUGACUGCCUUCUCCCCUAUUGGGUCUCCGGUAUCAGGAAGUCCAUCGAGAAACAGCGAAGGCAAGAGUGCACUCGAGAUGAUGAACGAGCUUGCUGCCAACGCACGAAGGGAGCGUAAAGUGCUUGACCUCGAAAUCAGCAACUCUUCGCUUCUUGCUAUCAACCGGUCACUGGAAAAGGAGGUCCGAAAGCAAAAGGCCGAGCUAAGACGCUUCCGUCGCAUGAGCCGAGCUGGAGUUUUCUCUGCUGAUACGGAUGGCUCGGCUCCUGAAACCUCUGCCAUUGGCGUUGGCAACAUAGGAGACCUGUCUGACAUGUCCGAGGCGGAAGAAGAAGAAACACCUGAAGAGGAAGAGGAAGACGACCCGGAAAGCAGCGACUCUUCUUUCGACGACAGCGCUCUGAGUCCAAGCGCUCAGCUGGAGCGGGACGAAACACACCGUUCACGAGACGAGAAGCGUCUCCAGCUAGAUCUGUCAAAACAUCGCGAAAUGCUGAACGACAGUCAGAAGAUGAACCAGAGUCUUAAGAAAUGUCUUGGAUGGACAGAGCAACUGAUCAAAGAUGGUCAGAAGGCCUUGGAGUACAAGGUACACGUCAGCGAUGUCAAAGUAGGUGGCCGCGUACUCGUUCCGGAAGACGACGACAACGACGUCAACGAAAAGCGGGAAUCUAGGGGGCUUCUUAGCCCUUGGAGUCCAAUACACAACGCCAUAGACGCUCUGGACUCGCCAUUCUUCCCACAACAAAGCCGGAUCAUCGAUCGAGACAGCGGCAUAGACCUCGAAGGACUCGAACAUAUGGAAGGAGACAGCGACCACUCUCGGGCAGCAUCUCCGACGGAUGAUGGCCCCACUAAAAGCACUGUGAAGGAGUUUCGUCCAAAACUACCAGGUCAAUGGAUUUCGUACGCAACGACACGCGAGUCAGACCUGAAGAAGCACGAGACCCUCAGCCCGCUCGGUUCGCCAUUCGAAGAGCGGAUCAGAUAUCUCCAUGCGUCCAUCGACGCCCUGGAAGCAUCAUAA